AAAAAAAAUUCUAUAACAAGAUCAUUCAUAAGUUCCAUUUACAGCAUUAAAGCAAUAUUAAACAAGUAACUUUUAUAUCGUAAGAUAUUAGUAUUCAAUUAUGUUCAAUCAUAAAGGUAUACUGCCAUUCCUAGAAUAUGGUGAAGAGUCGAGUAGUGGAGCAGAAGGAGUUCAUAGAGAAGCAUUUGAGUCUGCUCUGGAGGACUCAGUGCCAUUGAACUUGUCAUCUUUGAAACAAUCACUUGGUGUUGACACAGAUGUCGACAGUGGUCAACUACAUGAAUUACAAGAUAGUCCAAUAAUCACACCGGUUUUGAAAACUCACAUGCGACGAAAGCCACCCCCACCCAUGCACAUAUCAGAUCUGUCUCUGUUAGGUGAAAGUUCGUUCGUUGAUGUUUUAAGUUCUCCAAGUCCUGAUCAUCAUAAUAGUCAUUAUAGUGUUGAACCAUCCGAAACUGUACCUUUUGAAGAGAACGAAAGUGAAUAUUCUGAAGAAAAUUCGAAUUCAGAAUUGCCGGUGCCAGAUGUAUCUCCAGGAGUUGAUUCACCAUCUUACUAUCAGGAAGCACCAUAUCCAUUGGAUGCAACUUAUUAUGGAACAAAUUCAUAUGAUGAAUCAAAUUCUUAUGAGGAAAAGCCGUAUGGUUUUGAUAAUGGCUUACAACAAGCUGCCUUUUACCCAAUAGAGCUGUCUGCUAGUAAUUCGUCAUCUAUAAGUGAUUCAAGCCGACAAUCAAGUGACAAAAUAACCACACUACCAUAUUCUAAAGGUCUUGGAGUUAGUCCAGGUGUUGUUCCUAAAUUCUCAAAUAAUUCCGUGAAUGCUUGGAGUGGUCAAAGCAUGUCAAGGGCUCCUAUAACACCUACGCAGCUGUCAAGACUACCUCAAGUUACAUCACCACUUACACCAAUUGAUUCACAGAAUGAUCACUUACCUAAGACCAAGUUGGGCCAAGUAGCAAACCACAGACAUUCCAGUUCUCUUGGUUCUAUUUACAGUAAUGCUUCUAAUGGAUAUGUUAAUUUGUCAACCUUGAAGAAACAACUUGCAUUAAAGCCUGGAGAAGGGGACAGAUCAAACUAUGUGCUAAGUAUAAGAAAGAUUGCUGGUACUGCAUUUAAUGAAACAGGCCCAGGGAAAUGGAAGCUCCCAGUGGGUAUUUCUCCUCUUGAAAAAUCAUCAAGUUAUGCUUCCUCUAAUUUGUAUUUAAGAAGAGAUGCUUUUGGCAAAAAUAAAAAGAGUGGUCUUAGACAUUGGCGUUUAGAAAAGACGUUAUUGGCAGAUGAAAUUGAUGACAAAACAAUUGACAGUUCUAAUGAUGUUAGUAUAAUGAAUUCUUCUUCAUCGAAAGCUAGCAGUUUAAAGAUGGUGGACUCUGGUGUAUUGACUGAUCCAAGUUCGUCUGGUGAUUACACUCUUCAUAGGUCUUCAACAGAGAUUUCAAACGAUCAAGUAUCUACUGACCAAGGUUCGACUGAUCAAAGUUCUUCUGGUUCUCCCUCUGGUCAUGGUUCUGAUACAGGUUUUGGAUUUUAUCAACAUAAAGGUUACAGGGAAGACGAAAUUACAGACGAUGAUAAUUCUACAGAAGUUGAUUUAGAAGACUAUCAAUUCGGGUUAGACAGUGAAGAGGGUCACAGGUUGACCAUCGCAAAUCCUGAUGAUGAGUAAAACAUUUAUAUAUAUAUAUAUAUAUAUAUAUAUAUAUUCUAUACAAUGAUUAGUCCAGUUAAUAAUAGUAGCCUUUUUGCAUUCUAUAGUUGUAAAUUUUACUCAGUGAUUUUUUUGGUGUUUUU